UUUUUUUUUUUUAAUUAUUUGAUUUUGUUUUUGGGUUUAGAGGGGAAAAAAAAAUCUAAUUUGUACUUAGAGUUACAGUACUGGUUUUCUCUCUCUUUCUCUCAAAGUUUGGUCUCAUACUUUUUGUUUUGUUUUUUUUUUUUUUUUUUUUCUCUCUCUCUCUAGAAAUUUGAGAGAGGAAUUGGGUUAUAAUGGAUCUGGAUUUGGGGGAUUGCACCUCUGAAGCUGCCCAGACUCUGAUCUCCAAGAAACCCAAACAAAACGAGGUUGCCAUGGGCAGCAAGGGGAAAGCAAAAAUAUGCUAUGAUGAGACACAGCAAGACAAAGUCAAGGAUGCUUUGGCUGUCAAUCUUGGAAAUUCUACUGUGCUAGGAUCACUGGAUAGUGUUGGUCCCCUUAAGAAUUCUACAUCAGGAUCAACCAAUUCAAACAAUCUUAAUAGUUCCAAUUCAGAUUUAUCAUAUCAUCAUGAUGAUGAGGAUGGAAAUGGUGCUGUUGAUGAAGAUACUGGUUUCUUUGAUGAGGAUGAUUAUGUUUCUGAUUACGACGACAAUGAUAAUUUCUUGUACGAUGAUAGUUAUGUAAAUAUGCAAACCCAAUUUGAUAAUGUUGAUUUGCCUCCUGGGGUAGAAGCAACACUUCCUUGGUUGAAGGACCCAAAAUCAAGUGCAGACCCACCAGCUUCAACCAGUACUUUAACUAUUUCAGAUCUUCCUGAAAGCAAAAGGCAGGCAGAAGCUACAUGCAGUUCAACAGUCCCUGCUGAGCCAAGUUCAGAGGAGAAAGUGCAAGAAAAUGAGGAUGCAGUUAUGAGAAAACUUCAACCUUUUAAGCAAUUUGAUGUCGUGGAUGAUUAUUCAGAUCAUCACUAUAGCCGCAUGGGCUUUUCAGAUGGGAAGCCACCCAAGAAUUGGGCAAAGAGAAUUCAGGAUGAGUGGAAAAUGUUAGAGAAGAAUUUACCAGAGACAAUAUUUGUUAGAGUCUAUGAAGCAAGGAUGGAACUAUUGAGGGCUGUUAUAAUUGGACCUGCAGGCACUCCUUACCAUGAUGGUCUUUUUGUCUUUGAUUGCCUCUUUCCCACUAGCUAUCCCAACUCACCACCGAUGGUGUACUACUAUUCAGGUGGCCUUCGACUGAACCCAAAUUUGUAUGAUUGUGGGAAAGUCUGCCUCAGUCUUUUGGGGACCUGGACUGGUAAACAGAGUGAGAAUUGGAUCCCAGAGAAAUCAACCAUGCUACAAGUGUUGGUAUCUAUACAAGCUCUGAUUCUGAAUGAUAAGCCUUUCUUUAAUGAGCCUGGUUAUGAAUCAACAUACACUGGAGCAGAAGGGGAAAGAAGAUCAAAUGAUUACAAUGAGAAUGUCUUUAUUCUAUCCUUGAAGACAAUGAUGUACACGCUACGGAGGCCACCAAAGCAUUUUGAGGACUUCGUUGCUGCUCAUUUUCGCGAUUGUGCACGUAAUAUUUUGGCUGCGUGUAAAGCAUAUACUGAGGGCGUUCCUGUAGGUUCAGCUGCUGUAGGUACUGUUAUAGAAGAUGUAGUCCAGGAUAAGGCAGGGAAGCGCAACAAAUCCAAUGAUUUCAAGUCAACAUUAAGUAAGAUGAUGAAUCUGCUUAUAACAAAUUUCGCCAAGAAUGGUUCAACAGAUAUUGAGCAGUUUCACCUUUCGGCAUAAAAUCACACACAGAAGUUGACAGCGUGAGAAAGGCUGUAUGAUCUCAACAUGAACGGGCAGGGUGAAAUCAAUGUUGGGAAUGUCGUGUUGGAGGUGCCUUUCUUAUCGCAAUUUUGAGGGAAUUGGAGCACCAGUAUAUAGUAGUAUCUUUUGGAUUCCAGCUGGUUGUAAAUACUAAAUAUAAUAGGAUGACUCAAAUACUUUUUCAUUGGAUUAAGUUGAUUUUUGCGCCUCUAAGUGAUUGAUGUUGCAUUCA